GCAUAGAUCUCGGGAAUAAUUUGGGAGCUGGGACCUUUCCAUUUAAAUGGCUCAUGUUCAGUACGCUAUGUGGUACGACAAGGUAGUGUUUCAACCUUUUCGUUCCCUGUUAAUAUUCGUCACAUGUUGUUAUGCGAUGUAUAAUACAAAUGAAUUGCAAAAUGUUGCAUAUGAUCUCGAAAUCGUUGAAAUACCUUUUGGAUUUGAAAAUUUGAAAUUGGAUAGUGGAACAUUGGUGGAAAAGAUGUCGAAGAAUACAUUGCUGGGAAUAUUCGAUGUGGACGACGGGAGCUCAACUAUUGUUGUUAGUGAAUUUGGACAAAAAUUUAUCUGUUCCUUGCCGAAAAUUCCGUUAACAAAAACGAGCAGUAAAUCGAAAUCAAAUUUAACCGUGAAUUUGAUUUCCGAUGUUAUAGCAGCAAGCUUCUAUGUGCAAAAUUGCAUUCGAAAAAAUACAGGAUGGUGGACAUACGAACUUUGCUAUAACAAACAUGUCCAACAGUUCCGUCUUGAAGGUUCAAAAAUUGUUGGCAAGGUUAUCUACCUAGGACAUUAUAAAAAUAACUCGGAUAUAAAUUUGUCAAAGCACAAAAGUGAAGAGCUACCGUAUUUCGAACAAAUUUAUGAUGAUGGGACAGUUUGCGAUGUGACGGACAAAUCAAGGCUUACACGUGUCUGGUACAUGUGUGAUGAUACUUUAUCGACAAGCGAAGCGUACAUUGCUGAUGUCGAUGAGCCAUCCUCAUGUGAGUAUAUUAUAAAGGUGAAGACAGGGUCACUUUGCAAGUUGGAUAUUUUUUUAAGUCGAAGUAAACCGCGUGAACCUUUAUCAAUCAUGUGUCGUCCUCUACUGGAACAGAAAGCUAUUGAGCGGUACCUCGAAAAAGUGACUGAGGAAAAGCGACAAAAAGAAGAAGCAAAGAAGGAAUCUGAACUUUUCGUAGCACGGGCAGAUAGCAUUCAGCGACAGAGAUAUGCGAGGAAACGUCUAGCAAAACGAACACCAAAGGGUAUAAGGGAAAUGGAAGCGACUGAAAAAGAGCUGAAAAUGGUGUAUGAGGAAAUAAUGAGGUCGAUCACGAAACUGAAUGUUGAUCUUACCAAAGUGAAAGCAGACCUUCAUUUCAUAUAUGACGACUUACAUGAGAUGGAAACACGUUAUCUCACCGAAGUGGAUGAGGAUCGUGGAAAUAUAUAUUGGUACUUCAAGGAUCCGAACUGGAAUCGUGAAUUUUUUCCCGUCACUCUUGCAUACUCACGCGGUAGAAAUAAUUACUAUCUAAUGAUGUCAUCAUUCUUGAAAAAAAUAGAUGAAGAAUAUGACGAGAAAAAGAUGUCAUUUUCAAAAUUUUUACACGAUAUCGAUGAAAGGAUGAUAACAGAAGCAUAUCUGAGUAUAAUGAUCGGUUCGUUAAGAAAGGCUUUCCAUGAAGGUAUUUUCCCGGACAUUGUAAAUGAUGUGGACGAUGCAGAAAAUCCACUUCUGAUAGCAAUGUGGAUUAACUCUGAGAAGCAGCUUGAGAUAUUGCAGUUAUUUGAAUACAAAGUUUUGAAAUUGCUAAAUCGAGGGAUAAAAUUUACGGCGGAAGAUCUAAUGUCGCAUGUUGCUCGACAGCUUCUCUCUGUUCGUACGUUGUUAAUAAAUGACGGGAGUGAUUACAGUUUUGACCGGAAACUCAGUUAUAUUUCGAUCGAGAAAAUGUUUCUGAAAUAUAUGCAAGCCUACAAUCGUGCAGUGUUGCGUUAUGACAAAAAGUCGUGGGGUAAUUUCAUGAAGCAUACUUCGGUUGAGACAUUUAGAUUGUUUGAAAAUCCAAAUAUGUUUCUCGCGCGAAUUGAAGAUUUGAAUCCUGAAAAUGCUUACCUUUUCUACACAGAGACUUUUGAAAUUGAAAGUUGGCGAAUAACCGAAGGAGAAACGACUGUUAAUGACAAAAGGGGAGAAGUUCAAAAUGUCAUGAAUAAGGACGAAAAAGUUGCCCAACUAAGGAUGCUUGAAAGGGCUAGAAGAAAAAACUUGAGAAAAAAAGUUGAGCAUUAUUUGCGAUCAAAGAGAACAGCAAAAAAAAGUGAAUCGGAUGAAACAUUAUUUCAUGAUGAUCUUGAUGAUUUACGAAAGCAGCUGUUUGUUUUUAAAAGUACACUGGAAGAGAAAAUCCGUGAAACAGGUUUAAUUCAAGGGGCGGAAGUCAAAGUGCAGCUGGUUUCUCCAGUAGGUAAUGUUAUCAGCAGUACGGGUGUUGGAGGAUUAGAUGGUGAGCGUGUAAAUGCUGUGUUAAAGGCAUUUUUCCUUGAGCAGGACAGUGUUAAUGAUGAAGAGAAUCGAUAUGAUCGAUUAGCACGGGGUUAUACUUACGGUGCCGAUGAAGAGGAGCGACAGAGAGUAAGAAAAAACGGUGACGAUGAUGACGAUGAUUUGAAAUCAAGCAUUUUGCCUAUUUUAAAACGGAUUUUGCCCUAGAAAAUAUGAAUGGAACCUUUCUGAAUUUCCGUUCUAAGGUACUCGUUAAUUUGUAUGUUACCAAUGAAUGCCAUACUUGGUAAUUGUAUUAAAGUUGUUAUUCUUUUGGUUUGCCUUGCUCUUUUCAUUAUUUUGUUAUGGGUUCAUAUAAAUAGCAACUUCCAUUCGAGUCCUCAAAGAAAUCCUUUUAUCAGUUUAAUAUUUGCAAUAAUUUCAUGGUUUAUUUUGAUAUUAAUCAUGUGCCGUGCUGACUAUGAAUAUAUAUACAUAUUCUGCACCCUCUUAACAGUGUCUAUAUAAGGCUGUCUCUGAACAACC